CCAAGACCAAAAAACAAUGACGAAAAGAUCGUAUGUUUCGGACCAGAAAGUACCGGCAUUCACCCUAGCGCAGCCGGAAGUUGCAAUAGAACAACGAGCACCACGAGCACCGCAACCCGAUCCUCCUCCACCUCCACCCCAAGCCAAACCUCCGCUCCCCCCGGAAACGCUUUCCGUUCAAAAUUACGGUCUUCCGUUCCAAAUCGUCAAAGCUUACCAGGACGACAACAAGGGCCAGCUCUACGAGUGGCAGCGCGAUUGUUUGUUCGCUGGGAAAGACCAGGAAGUGCUGCAAGGGAAAAAAAACUUGAUUUACUGUGCUCCCACUUCCGGCGGCAAAACCUUCGUCGCCGAAUUGUUGAUGCUGCGAGCAGUGACCGGCUGCAGGGGAAAAGUUUUGGAUAUUGACGAAGAUGACGCUCCGGGGGCGGAUCAUGAUGCCGACGCAGUUGGUAGUUCUCCAAAGCGCAAAUCCACAGUUUUCGCCGCAAAAGAUCAUGACCAGCAAGCCGACGGCGGCGAGGAACAAGCUGCACAGGCACACCAGGGCACUACCAAGAAGAAAAAGAAGAGAAAGAAACAAAAAAUUCCCCACCACCAGCAGGUCGGCCCGGCGUUGCUCAUCCUUCC